AUGACAGAGUCAGAGUUCUCGGUGAAAGCGCAAUACUCCAAAUCCAACCGGUCAAUAUGCAAGAUUUGCCAUAAGAAGAUUGGCAAAGGUUCUUUGAGAUUAGCUCUUUCAGAUAUGACACUAGUUUGGAAUCACUGUGGUUGCUUCUUCAAAAAAUAUACGCUGCCCAAUGUAGAAGAAAUUGAUGGUUUUGCUACACUGCGAUUGGAAGAUCAAGAGAAAAUUAGGAAAUAUAUAGCGGCAGAUAUUGAAAAUGCCGCCAGUGAAUACGUUGAAGAGACUGAACAUCUCGAUCAAGACCAAGACGACUUACUUAUCAGCUACGUCCAAAAAGAUUGUGAGAAAUGUACCAAAUGUCAGCAGGAUAUCCAUCAGGGAGAAUUAUACGUUGGACGAACGUCGUACAAGCCACAAAACGGUUCAAUGUCUACACCCUCCAACACAACCGACUUCUAUCAUCCACAGUGUUUUCGUUCUGCAUGUAAUACGUUAAAAAUUGAAAAUUCUAUAGAGUCAAUAAAAGGAUUUUAUAAUCUAAACAAAAUCGACCAGAGUAAAUUAGCGGAAUUGUUGCGAAGCGAUGUUAGUAUUAGAAAAUUAUUUAUUGAUAUUUACUUCAACACAUGCCAACAUAGAGGAGUGACGAAUGGAAAAGAUAAAAGAAAGCAAGAUACUGACGACGAUCAAGUUUCCAAAAAGCCAAAGGUAGAUAAAGAAAUCUACAAGAGAAUGACACUAAAGGAACAGACAGAGCUAUUAUGGAACAUUUAUGACAAUUUAAGAAGAGAAUGUACUCGUGAAGUGAUGGAAAAGAUGCUGUUAUUUAAUAAACAGUAUGCUCCUGUUGAUGAAACGACUCUAUAUCGAUGUUGUGUAGAUGGUAUGGCGUUUGGUGCAUUAAAAUGCUGUCCUGUUUGCACAGAAGGUCAAUUAUACUUUGACUACAAAAUACAGUGCUAUACGUGUUUGCGUGCCGGCGACGACAGUUCCUGUCAAUAUACAACACAGAAACCUGAAAGAAUACCUUGGAAAAUACCAGAAGAACGCUACAUUCAAUCUUCCUUCUUGAAAGACAUCAUAAAGAAGAAACCUCUAGCCAAUUUUCAUUUCGCUAUUAUCGGUAAUUCAAACCAAAAUCAGAUGAAAAAAGAGAUUGAAGAAUUCGGUGGAAAGAUUGAUGAGAAAAUUUCGCGUAAUACUGAUUUGUGUAUCAGUUCUCAUGUUGAAAUGAUACGAAAUAAAGACAAAGUACAGCAAGCUCAAGCAUUAAAUCUUCCAGUGGUUAACGAAUCAUUUAUUACCGCUGUUACAAAUGGCGACUUGAAAAAUGUCGCAAUGAAACAUAAUAUAGCUAGCUGGACGGACGGAAAGGGUAUCAAUAUCAAACGCGAUGCAUCUGGAUUAGAUGACGGUUAUCAUAUUAUUGCUGAUGCCAAUGGCAAUAUCUAUAGUACUGUUUUGGAAGCCAAACACGAUACAAGUGACAUUUGUUCCUUUUAUAAAAUCCAAGCUUUGGAACGCCAUGAUUCUCUUAUAUGCUGUCUCAUUGUUAUUACCAAUAUUAAACAUCAACUAAAUGAUAAAAUAGACGUUAUUGUUGAGGAUGGCUACUCAAAAGAAGAGGUGAAGAUGGCUUUUGAUGAAAAGUACUUUGAAUUGACAGGUAAUCGUUUCGAGACUAGCGUGAAUUUCAAGAAAAAAGCUGGUAAAAUGUAUCCACUUGAUACGACCAAUAUUUAUGCCAAGGAUCAAGAAAUACAGAAAUAUAACCAAAUUAUCAAGACUAAAAGCAAUAAAUUAGAGUCGAAUGUAACGAAACUAAUGAAAUUGAUUUUUGAUAUCAAGUUGAUGAAAAAUGCUAUAAUUGACUUUAAAAUUGAUGUAGAUAAGAAUUCUAUUGGAGAUCUUACUAAGCAGAGAAUUGAGGAUGCAUCUCAAUGGCUUGAUACAUUAGAGACAAUGGUAUUGGAGAAAGAGAAGAAACGGGAAAUCAAAAAAGCGAAAAAUGAAUUUACUAAUUUAAUUGCAUUGGACUUGGAUUUAUCCUCCAAUUUUUAUCAUGAUAAUGUUAACAUUAUUCGGGCAACAAAAUACGAUUUGGAAGACUUGCUGGAUAUUGUAUUUACUUACAAUCUUAUGAAGCAAGUCGUCUAUGUAAUGAAGGACCCUCUUCACAUGCUGUAUAAGAGUUUAAAGACCGACAUUGAACCAUUACAACAUGAAAGUAAUACGUUUAAGAUCAUUCGAAAGUAUGCUGAAAAUAGUCGUAAUCAUCCUUAUAGCAACUACUUUAAAUUAAAAAUCGAGGAGGUAUUUAAAAUCAAUAGACAUGAUGAUGAUGAAAAAUUUCAAAGCCACUCAAGCUAUAGCAAUCGAAUGUUAUUGUGGCACGGAUCGCGUACAGUUAAUUCUGCCAGUUUGCUGUCACGGGGGAUGAGAUUUUAUCCUCCAAAGACAUCCUCGAAAAGAUCCUACAUGUAUGGUAAAGGAGUUUAUCUGACAGGUAUAGGGGACGUAGCACCUGAUCCAUCUGGUAAUCAUGUGUUAGAAAAUGGAAUAAUUGUACCUUUAGGAGAGAUAAAAGGAGUUGAGACAGGCACCAAAUGCAAUGAGUAUCCUUAA